AUGCACAAACGCACUAAGAUCAGGAUUGCCAUCUUCAUCUUGAUGGUAGGCAUGGCGUGCAUGUUCACAGCGGUGGUGACGGACUACUGGGCUGUGCUCAGUCCCAGAGUGGAGGUGGCCAACACGACCUGUGAGGCAGCUCACUUUGGCUUGUGGAGGCUCUGUAAGAAGCAUGUGUACAUCAGCCAGGAUAUCUUCCAGGAGGGGAAGGCCUGUGGACCAAUCAGCCUGCCUGGGGAGGAGAACUGCACAUACUUUGGACACUUCACUCCAGGAAAGGAUGCAGAGAUAUUUGAAUACAAAACACAAAAAGAGUACAACAUCUCGGCUGCAGCCAUCUCCAUCUUCAGUCUGGCCUUCAUGAUCCUGGGCUCUCUGGCGUUGCUCUGUUCGUGCGGCGGUCAGAAACGGGACUAUCUCCUCAAACCUGCCGGAAUGUUCUACGCAUUUGCAGGCCUGUGUGCGUUCAUUUCUCUGGAGGUGAUGCGGCAGUCGGUCAAACGCAUGAUCGAGAGCGAGGACACCAUUUGGAUGGAGUACAGCUACGGCUGGUCCUUCGCCUGCGCCUGCUCCGGCUUCGUGCUGCUCUUCCUCACCGGGAUCGCCCUCCUCGUGCUCUCCAUGCCCCAAAUGCCCCGCAACCCCUGGGAGACCUGCAUGGAUGCUGAGCCAGAGCAAGUGGAGUGA